AUGGGCGUUCUCCAUCACGACGCGCAGCAUUGCCAACUGCGAAAAGUUUAUGAAUUUGGUCAUUUGACCACGAAAGGAUCAAAUCGAUUGUGUUAUGGACUCCGGCACAAUCGAUUAAUAUGCGAGGAGCCACAUUUUCUUCAUCAACCCGGUUGGUUUUGGUUGGAAAAUUUGUCGAUUUUGGAUGAAAGUGGACUUUGCACCCACAUUGAUCGAUAA